CUUUUUAGUGCUGGUAAUGUAUUAUUGCUUGACACCGUUGGAAAGAUUCUAGCGCUUCAAAGGCUAGUCAAUGAUUUGGUUCCAGAAAAUGGUCGUUAUGGAGGCAAUGAGGUUUACAAUUCUUUUGAUACGACUCUAUUCACUGACGAUGAAUGCUACGAAGCUUCAACUUAUUCUCAGACACAAAUCCGGGAGUGGCUAAGUGUUCACAAGGAAAAACUUUUGAAGGACACACUGGAGAAGAAAAAGAAAAAGGUUUUUUCUAUCCAUAAGCUACUUUUUAUUAGUGCCAGUCACUUAUCCAGCGACCUCAUUUUGAAAUGCUUGGUCGAAAAUGGUGUAGAUCCAUCAAGAAUUUGUACAGAUCUUGAAGAAGACGAAGAUCUCGCUAACAAGACGGUUGACGCAUUGACUGAUGCUGAGGUAAGAUAUGUGGAUCUCAUUGAGAAGGCACGUGAAGGGAACUCUAAAGGUUGGAUCAUUUCAAAAAGAAAUGCCUUGUAUAACCCAGAAGAUGAACAGUCUUUGGAAUAUAUUUUUGAUGAAUUCCACCCCUUCGAGCCUUUCAAAGAGAAUAAAAUCAAUCUUAAAUUCGAGUCUUUUGAUGGUUACAACAAAACGCUUGACAAAUUCUUUUCCACCAUCGAGUCGACAAAGUACACAUUGAAAGGUGGAAACAACAAAAGCAAAAUGCCCUGA